GGUCAAUUUUCCUCCAUAUUUUCGCAACCCUAACCCUAACACAUCCCUGCAAAUUCCUUCGCUGUCCGUUCCAUGAGGAAAAUUGAUUUCCAAUUUCACUCAGUUAACCUCAAUUCUCAGCAAAAUUCCGCUAAAUUUCGGUUCUAUAAACCCUAAUUUGUCAGCCUGCCACAGACUCAGCACAUUGGGUUUCCUCCAUGGGAGAUCAACUCCCUCCACCACCGUCCUCCGGCGAUGACGCCGACCCCUACGGCACCUGGAACGGAAACAUCGACUACUUGCUUAACAUAUCGGCGAUCGGCGCCUUCUGCUGCCUCUUUAUUUUCCUCUUCGUGAAGCUCCGCAGCGACCACCGCCGUAUGCCGGGCCCCACUGCCCUUAUCACCAAGCUCCUCGCCGUCUGGCACGCCACCGGCCGAGAAAUCGCCCGCCACUGCGGCGCCGACGCCGCGCAGUUCCUCAUCAUUGAAGGCGGCAGCUGCGCCGUCCUCUUGUCGAUCGCGGCGUUGGCUUUGGCCGUGUUGCUUCCGCUUAAUCUCUAUGGAGGGACCGCUAUUUUGGACGACCAAUUCUCCAAAACAACGAUCAAUCACAUUGAGAAAGGUUCGCCUUUGCUUUGGAUUCAUUUCCUUUUCGCUGUGGUUGUGGUUGUUUUGGUUCAUUUUGGCAUUUCCGCCACUGAAGAACGUUUAAGGAUUACUAGGUUUAGAGACGGGCGUGGUAAUUUGAGUGAUCCCACUGUGAAUUCCACUGCUAUAUUCACUAUAAUGGUUCAGGGUUUGCCCAAAAUUGUAGGGGCUGAUAGGGCUUUGUUGCAGGAGUAUUUUCAGUAUAGAUAUCCUGGGAAGGUUUAUAAGGUUAUUGUACCAGUGGAUUUGUGUGCAUUGGAUGAUCUGGCCACGGAGUUGUUGCAGGUAAGGGAUGAGAUUUCAUGGUUGGUGGCAAGGAUUGACUCUCGGCUUUUGCCCGGUGGCGAUGGUGAAGAUGAUGGAAGUGUGAGGCGUGCUUCCCGGGGUUUAUGGGGUUGGACUGUUAGUUGUGGGAGACGUUUGAAAGAUUUUUAUGCUGAUAUUAUGGCUAGAUUUGGUUACACUGAUGAAGAGAGGUUGAGAAAAUUGCAAGAACUGAGGGCUGAUCUGGAGACUGAGUUAGCUGCAUACAAAGAAGGCCGUGCACCUGGUGCUGGAGUUGCAUUCGUUAUGUUCAGGGAUGUUUAUACUGCUAAUAAAGCUGUUCAGGAUUUUCAGAAUGAGAAGAGGAGGCGAAUUGGGAAGUUCUUUUCUCUCACGGAGUUGCGUUUGCGGAGAAACCAAUGGAAAGUUGAGCGUGCUCCCUUGGCAUCUGACAUUUACUGGAAAAAUAUGGGAACACCAAAGCUCUCACUAAAAUUGCGGAGAGUGUUUGUGAAUACUUGCUUGUUGUUGAUGCUCUUAUUCUUUAGUUCUCCCCUUGCUGUGAUCAGUGCUUUUAAGAGUGCUGGAAGGAUCUUCAAUGCUGAAGCUAUGGAUAAUGCACAACUGUGGUUGGCUUGGGUGCAAAGCUCUAGCUGGCUUGCAAGUCUUAUUUUUCAAUUCCUACCUAAUGUUAUCAUAUUUGUUAGCAUGUACAUAGUAAUCCCAUCAGCUCUUUCCUAUCUCUCAAAAUUUGAACGUCAUCUGACAGUGUCUGGGGAGCAAAAAGCUGCACUCUUGAAGAUGGUUUGCUUCUUCCUUGUAAAUCUCAUUCUCUUGAGGGGUCUGGUAGAAUCGUCGUUAGAGAGUGCCAUCCUGAAGAUGGGACGGUGCUAUUUGGAUGGAGAAGAUUGUAAGAGGAUUGAGCAAUAUAUGAGUGCAUCAUUCCUGUCAAAAUCAUGCCUUUCCUCUCUUGCAUUUAUGAUCACAAGCACUUUCUUGGGCAUAUCGUAUGAUCUUUUGACACCCAUUCCUUGGAUUAAAAGAAACAUUCAAAAGUUUCGGAAGAAUGAUAUGCUUCAGUUAGUUCCAGAACAAAGUGAAGAAUACCCGUUAGAACAUCAGGACAUAGAUAGUCUUCAGAGACCACUGAUGAAUGGCAGCGCUUAUGACACUUCCAAUGGGGAUAAUGAGGGACAAGAUCUUUAUGUCUAUCCAAUCACUGGAAGCUCACCUGUUCCAAAACAGACAUUCGAUUUUGCACAGUAUUAUGCCUUUAAUUUGACAAUAUUUGCCCUGACUCUGGUAUACUGUUCGUUCAAUCCACUUGUGGUCCCUGUUGGUGCAGUUUAUUUUGGUUAUAGAUAUGUGGUUGACAAGUACAAUUUUCUGUUUGUAUAUCGAGUUCGGGGCUUUCCAGCAGGCAACGACGGGAGGUUAAUAGAUACUGUAAUAUGCAUCAUGCGUUUCUGCGUCGAUCUAUUUCUACUUGCUAUGCUCCUAUUCUUCUCAGUUCAAGGGGACUCUACGAAGUUGCAAGCUAUAUUCACUCUUGGGUUGUUAGUCAUGUAUAAACUACUACCUUCCAGUAAUGAUAGUUUUCAAUCAACCCUUUUGGAGGGUAUUCAAACGGUUGAUAACGUUGUAGAUAGACCCAUUGAUUAUGAGGUCUUUUCGCAGCCCAGGUUUGAUUGGGAUACCUCCCAAAGGUGAUUCAAGCUUUGAUAUGCUUGCUACCCUAGAUGUACCUAUUCCUAAACCCAGGUAGCAAAGAAAAUGAGUGGUGGGGGGUUAAGAAUGGGAGGGGUCACGCCGAGGGUUCUUUUAACUUCUGUUCAUAGUUUGUUAUACACGUAUUUAUGAUAUUUCAAUCUUCUCUUCCAUUUCUUACCUGGAAUGCAAUG